AUGCCCGAGGAAGACAAGUACGACGUGCUCGAGAAGAUUGGCCAUGGCUCCUUUGGAGUCAUUCGCAAGGUCAAGCGCAAGUCGGAUGGAUAUAUUCUCUGCCGAAAAGAGAUCAGCUACCUCAAAAUGUCCCAGAAGGAGCGUGAACAGCUGCAGGCCGAGCUGUCCAUCCUCAAGGAACUCCGACACCCAAACAUUGUCGCCUACUUUGAGCGCGACCACAUCAAGGCAUCCCAGGACCUUCACCUGUAUAUGGAGUACUGCGGAAAUGGCGACCUAGGCCGCGUUAUCCGUGAACUGAAGAACAAGAACCAAAUGUGCGAGGAGGAGUUCAUCUGGAGCAUCUUUAGCCAGAUUGUGAGCGCAUUGUAUCGCUGCCACUAUGGUGAAGACCCGCCUGCCGCUGGCCGCAACGUCAUGGGUCUCGUUGGCAAUGCGAAGCCUGUUCGCGACCCCCGCAAGCCCAUGAUCCUUCAUCGUGAUCUUAAGCCUGAAAACAUCUUUCUUGGCGACGACAACUCCGUCAAGCUCGGCGACUUUGGUCUCUCCAAGAUUCUCCAAUCCCACGACUUCGCGUCCACAUACGUUGGUACUCCGUUCUACAUGUCCCCCGAAAUCUGCAAGGCCGAGCAGUAUGGACCCCACUCGGAUAUUUGGGCCCUCGGUUGCAUCAUAUACGAGAUGUGCACAAAGUCUCCUCCUUUCAAUGCCAAAACCCACUUCGAGCUCAUUUCCAAGAUCAAGUUGGGACGCUACCCCGACAUUCCUGCCUGCUAUUCGGCCGAACUUCGAAAGGUUAUUGCCAGCUGCCUGAACACCACACCCGAUCACCGCCCAGACACUGCCGCACUUUUGAACUUGCCAAUCGUCAAGCUGAUGCGCAAAGAGCAGGAGGUGGUUAAACUUGGACAGGAUCUGCGCGAGCAGAGGAUGCUCACUGCAAAGCGCGAGAAAGAGGCGAGCGAGGCCAUCUCUCGGAUUCGCAAAGAGCUCGACGACCAGUUGCGCCGAGAAUGGGAGGUCAAAGCCCAGCUAGAGAUUGAGCGACAAGUGAAGCUCCAGACCGAGCAGCGCGUGCAAAAGGAACUUGCCCACCUUCAAGCCACAUUUGAAGGUGAGGUAAACAGACGUGUAGAACGUGCUCUGAAGAUGUAUCCAAACCCAACAGGGCCAUCAGCCGCCUUGUUCCCAACCGAUGUUGAGGCCCCAACCGCCAACAGCUCAACAAACACGUUGAACACAGACUCUGAUUUCGCGAGUGGAACAGACUUGUCAUCGCUUUCCCUCGAUGACACCGCCGAGGAUGCUGUUAUUGCAGCAAGACCAAAGGCGAAGCGCCCGUCUCGCGGUCCGCUUAUGCGCGCCCGUACCAUGUUCAACCAGCCCUCGUCCACACAAGUUCCCGACUCCCCGAUGGACGUCCAGAUGGCCGAGCCUUCACCCGCUCCAACAUCCCUCAAGGGACUCUCUCUUUCUCCCCGCCGUAACGCGCAGCCCAAGCAAAACAUCUUCGCUGCCGCAAAGGAGGGUGCAAAGAGGUGGGAAGCAGACGUCCCUCCAUCACCAACGGAGGCCGAGUGGAAUGGCGACUUCGAUGACGACGAUGAUCUUCCAGUACUACCAUCGCCAACACGAGCCCGCAGUGCCUCUAGUAGCCGCCCCCGGAAUGACGAUCCAUUCAAAGUACUUGCGAAUGCCCAGGCGCCACUACUCAAGGCCAACACGCGCCUCGGUAAUGCGCCAAAUCUUCUUGGUCCCAGGACUACCAAACCACGACCAGUCUCUGCAGUACCCAUUGUUGCAGCAUCUCCCUCUCGGCAAAAGGCCAAGUCGACUGACAACGCAUCGACGUCGCCACGAAAGGCGGGCGCCGCCACCAAGGCAAUCCCAUUUGCUGGUCUCCCGUCAAAGAAGGGCAACGAGGCGUUCCGUGCCCAAGCCCUGCGCAACAACGGCGCUGUUCAAGGUCGUACCCUUGUUGAGCUCCAGCAAGCACGCGGCAUUCCUCUCCAGACCAUGAGCGAGGACGAGGGUGGCGCAAAGAAGGGCUUCGGCUACGGUGGCCGGAGAAGCCCUGUUAAGCAACGAGGCGGCGGCAUUAGCCCACCAGCUGUCUGGGAUCCUAACACAGAGCCCGAGAUGCCAUCUCCCUUUAUUGUUCGCAGCAAGCGCAUGGUCCUAUAG